AUGACCUCUGAAGAACCUUUGCCAACCACUCAAGAAUCGGCUACCAACAGUUCCACCAAGAAUACUCCCGCUGAGCCCGAAAAUAUGGAUGCACAAGAGCCUGAGGUAGCGGGUAGCUCCGUCGAAGAUUUCGAGGACGAGCAGGAGGACUUGCCUUCUAUCGAGGAAGCUAUUCAAAUGUUGGAGACGGGGGAGAAAUUCAUCAUAGAGAAGCAGUAUGAGUAUGCUGCUGAGGAGUUGAGUAGAGCCGUGUCUGCUCUGUCUGCACACUAUGGAGACGGUGCCCCGGAAUGCGCCGACGCCCUUUAUCUCUACGGUCGGGCUCUGUACUUCUUGGCUGUUGAAAAGAGCUCCGUAUUUGGAAAGUCUGGAGUCGACGACAAAGUUCAGGAUCCGGAUGAAAUGGCAGCUGCUGCAUUGAAAGAGCUCGCAGAAAAAGCCUCCCGGUUUAUCUUUGAAGGUGACGGAGCAGAGAACGUCGAAGAGAUCCCAGCACAAGAAGCUGAUGAAGACGCGGAGGACAUGGAGAUUGCAUACGAAGCUCUCACGGUGGCAGCAACCGCAUACCAGCAAAUGGACUCGGAAGCGAGCAAUCGCCGAUUAGCUGAUGUUUAUUUGUUGAUUGGCCACUAUCACCUUGAAGGAGAUCGCCCCAGGGAAGCUCUGGAAGAGUAUAAGAAAACCCUCGAAAUCCGAGAAAGAUAUCCGGAAAUCGGUCAUCGCGAGUUGGCUGAAGCGCGAUACUACGUUGCUCUCACGUUGGAGGGCACUGGACAGUACCCCCAAGCCCUGGAUGAAGUCAAGCGCGCCAUGGCGGAUAUGAGCAAACGCCUUGAGGAACUCAAAGCCAUUAAAGCUGAGGAUCAGAGUAGUAAGGGCAAGGCACCUGCGACAACCCCUCACGUGGAUCAAAGUGAAGAGAUCAAAGAGCUGACAGAGAUGAUAACGGAUCUGGAAGCAAAGGUCGAAGAACUCCACGCGAAGAUGAGCGCGGUGAACAAGGUGGUCGAAGAAGCCACAGAAUUGAUUCCUUCCCCAGAGUUAAAGAAGGAGGACGGUCCCGUCACAGAUAUAUCUAGCCUUGUCAAAAAGCGAAAAGCACCAGAGGCGGCGACGCAAAAUGGAGAUGCUAAAAAGACUAAGCUAGACGCUGGUGAGGCAAAACAGGAAGCAGUACCCCUGGACACUAAAGCUGCGGGUGAAGCAAAGGUAGAAGAGACAGCUAAAGAUGAAGGGGCGUAGGAAUCUGUAUAUUUUUAUACAUGACUGUGGGUUGUUUGCAUGGAUAACAGUUGGGCGGUGUGAAUGUCAAUAGGUCGCCAAUAUCAACGACAGAUAUAUUGUUUACCAAACCGCCAAUACCAAAAAAUACAUUAACAAAUACACUAACACCAUGAUCAAUAAAUCGCCAUCCGCCUAUCCG